CUAUGGAAGGGGAAAGGGGUCGGGGCUUCUACUGCACAUUAUGUUGACAUAAGAGAGCGUAAUUUCACCAUGCUCUACUUGUACACCAACAUGGAGGAACUUGAUCCAUACUUUGAAAUGUUUGAUUCCAUAUAUUUAGCUGGCCACAAACCUACACCAAAGGAACUGGAUAAUCUACGUAUGAAAGGGAUGAAUGGAGGUCCAUGUUUCGUUGAAUGGUUCCACGAGCAUUGUAAGAAACUGGACUCUCUAGUCUCGGAUGAUUUGCGACAGAUAUCACAUGGUCAGUUGAAAGCAAGAAAAUAUAGCCGCUAUGAUAUUAAUGGAUACCGUUUUCGAACAUCAAAAUUAGAAAAAAUCCGCCCGCAGGCAGCCAUGACAAACAAUGGAGUAGUAGCAACUGCCACAAAUGCAGACGGAGGCACUCAUGACUAUUAUGGUGUUCUUCAAGACAUAACGGAGUACACUCUUGGUGGGGCCAAAGAGUUCAUGUUUGUGUUAUUUGAUUGUGAAUGGUUUGAUCCUCAACAAACGCGAGAGGAUGAAUUUGGAAUUGUGGAGGUAAAGCAUGAAUCACGGUUUAAAGGCAGCGAUUAUAGCAAUGUUGUGCUUGCACAUCAAGCACAACAGGUGUACUAUCUAACAUAUCUUCAUGAAAACUUGAAGUCUUGUUGGGUUGUAUACAAAAUUAAUCCUGAAGUCCAUCCGUUACGAUAUGAUUAUUACAACACAAAUAACGAAGAUGAUGAUUCUGUUAAUAUUUAUCAAGAAGAAGGCGAUCAGUUAGAAAAUAGAGAUUUUACUAUAUAUGAGGACUUAGGGCUCAAUGAAGUAGCUAGUCUCGCCAUAGAUUUGAUGGCAGAAGAACCAGGUCCUUCUAGGGCAAGGACUCGUAGGUCACAGAGAAUUCUUGAAAAACAACAAAGGCUUGAAAUAAUUGAGCAGCGCGUUGCUGAAGCAGAUUCUGAUGCCGAUGAUUUUUGA